AUGUCUAGCAGAAGAUCAGUGUACAGACAUAAAAAGAUCCAGCAACAAAACUUAGAUAUUGCUUAUGCACUAGCCUGUUACAAUAUAUCUGAAAAUGACGAAACUUGCCUUCCGAACCAACAUACUCUAGAACAUAAGAUAGAUGAUGAUGAAGAAACGAAAUCAGAAACAUCAUCUCCAGAUUUUGAAGAUCUGCUUGAGAUGGAUGUUUCAUCGGACACCAGCGACGAAUUUAGCGAACAUGAUUCUAUGGAAGAAGAUAACAUGGAAGUCGAUGAAACCAGGUUUGAAUAUGACGAUUUCAUGCCUGAGACAGGUAUCACUCCAAACAUUAUUGCUUGUCUGCUCGUCAUGUUCAAACGACGUCAUCGUUUGUCUAUACAAUGUAUCUCGGAUCUUUUAAAAUUAUUGUCGAUUUUGGGAGUUGAUAGUGCACCUCGUUCAUGGCAUAUGUUAAAACGACUGAUUACUAAAAUUGAUGUUGCACCAUCCUACCACUAUCCAUGCUCCAGUUGUUCUGCCGCAUCUACUUGUUCACGAAAAUGUUCAAAUUGUGGUUACAGUUUUUCAUCAAAUAUUCCUCGCGAUUAUUUUUUGACGUUUUCAGUUAAAGAUCAGGUUGAGAUUAUAUUGAGCAAUAAUGCUGAUAUCGACAUAUUUUCAUCAUCUUUAAACAAUCACAUAAGUGACAUAAAAGAUGGAAAUUUUUAUCAUCAGUUAAGUAAUAUAUGUCCUGACAAGUUUAUCACACUUACAAUGAACGUUGAUGGCGUAGAAGUGAAAAAAGGCUCUAAACAAUCAAUAUGGCCUAUGCUACUUGUUGUCAAUGAGCUUCCAAUAAAUCGGCGGAAUGCUUUUGAAAAUGUAAUAAUUGCUGGUAUAUGGUCAGGAUCCCAUAAGCCUUCUCGGGAGCAAAUGCAAUGCUUUCUGGCCCCUGUUGUUGAACAGUUAUCGUUAUUGGAACACGGAUAUCCUUUUUUUGAUUAUCAAAAUUCAGAACGUUUACAGAAUACUAUUAUCAAAGUAUUUUUAAUUGCUGCCUGCUGUGACAAGCCCGCACAGGCUCUCGUUCAAAACAUUGCAGAACCUAUCGCAGCGUUUGGGUGUGGUCGUUGCGAACUCGAAGGUAUAGUAUGA